GCUGUUGACAGACCCGGGAGUCGAAGCGGUCGGAGGGCUUUACGGCUGUGGAAUGCCGAAAAGUGCGUGAGUGCAGGCGCUGGGACGUUUUAUUCUGUCUUCCAGAUCCGGGGGUCUGGAGGUGAUGAAAGCAGCUCGAAACAAGGACUGGAAAUGACUUGAAACGAUUCCUGGAGAAAGGAUUUCCUGCAGCUGAAGGUCGCCGGGGCCCAGCAUAGUAUCCAAGCAUUCUGAACAGAGAGCCAGCGCCUUUCAACUCCCUUCUAUAAUCUGGCUCCUAGGUAUGUUAUGAAUAAAAGUGGCUACUUUCCAUAAUAAAUGAAAAUGGCCAAUUCUUUGAGAGGAGAAGUACUGAAUCUUUAUAAAAAUCUGCUGUAUCUUGGACGAGACUAUCCAAAAGGAGCAGACUAUUUUAAAAGGCGUCUGAAGAAUGUUUUCCUAAAAAACAAAGAUGUGAAGGACCCAGAGAAGAUCAAAGAACUUAUUGGACGGGGUGAAUUUGUAAUGAAAGAGCUAGAAGCCUUAUACUUCCUUAGGAAAUACAGAGCGAUGAAACAACGCUAUUAUUCAGAUACCAACAAAACUAACUGAUCUAUAUUACUAUAAUUUGACUGGAAUUCAGUGCCAGCUCUUUAUGUACACCAGAUAUAACAGUAUCUGCAACUUAAAAUGGCAAGAUGUACACAUUAUGUAAAAAAUACCUGAGCUGCCUUAAUGAACUAAAAUAAGCAACUUUGGUUCACAGAGCUUUAUCAGCAAACCUUUGUUAAUUUUUAUACAAAAUCAGCAAUAUAGCCAACUACCAAUUAAAAAUUAACGAGUACCCAA